UGAGGAGUUACCUUCCAAAUCAAUUUCAGAUAUAUGGCCUUGCCGACGACAGAUUUGUUGAUUGGAAAAAUUGUAGCUAUUGUUGAGAAUGAAGCAUUAUCCAUAUCCAGUGUUCGUGAUGAAAUCGAUGAGAUCAAGCAGGAGCUGGUUAGCAUGAAAUCUUUCCUGCAGGAUGCUGAUGGAAAGAAAGAAAACAGCGAAGGAGAGGAAACGUGGGUCGCAAGCGUCAGAGACUUGGCCUAUGAUGUUGAGGACAUAAUUGAUGAAUUCAUGUACCACAUAUAUGAGAAGCAAACUGGUGGCCUAUUUCCAAGGUGGCUCCACAAGAUCAUUCACAUUCCAAGGAGUCUCUGGUAUAAACGUCAAAUUGCCAACAAAUUGCAGAAAACCACUAAAAUGAUCAAAGCCAUUCCAGAGAGGAAUCAGAGAUAUGCUAUUGGUGGUGUAGAAGGGACAACAAGUUCAAUUGAUGUUGACAAAUGGGUGCAGAACCAAGCAGAGUCUUCUCUUUUUAUUAAGGAAGAUGAACUUGUAGGCAUUGAAGGCAACAAGCAAACAAUAAUGGGAUGGCUGAUGGAUGAAGAGCAACAUCAAACUAUUGUCUCUGUGGUCGGGAUGGGAGGUUCAGGAAAGACAACUCUAGUUGCCAAGACCUUCACCAAUGAAAGUGUGAAAAGACAUUUUGACUGCUAUGCGUGGAUUACUGUUUCCAGAACCUAUGCCAUUGAAGACUUAUUUAGAUGCUUGAUCAAGGAGUUCCACCAAUCAAGAAAAGAAAAGGUUCCUGCACCUGCAAAACUGAAGGACAUGAGCUACAGAGAAUUGCUAGAGAAGCUCGUGAACUACUUGGAGAGUAAAAGGUACCUAGUUGUAUUGGAUGACGUGUGGGAUGUUAAACUUUGGACAGAAAUAAAUAUAUCACUCCCUGAUAGACGACUUGGAAGUCGGAUCCUUCUUACAACUCGGAAAGAAGACAUAGCACAUUAUUCUUUCGGAGUGGUAAGCCAUGUUCAUCUUAUUAAGCCCUUGGACAACAAUGAGGCGUGGGAGCUUUUCAGCAAGAAAGCAUUCUCAACUUACCAUAAUAGAUUUUGUACACCGGAGCUUGAACCGUUAGCUUCAAAACUUGUGGAGAAGUGUAAAGGUUUGCCUCUUGCAAUUGUUGCUUUAGGAGGUCUUAUGUCUUCCAAAAAGUCAACCACAGAGUGGAGGGAUGUCUACAACAGCUUAAAUUGGCAUCUAACUAACAAUCCCUUGUUAGAUAAUGUGAAGAGCAUUUUGUUGCUCAGUUACAAUGAUUUGCCUUUCCGACUCAAGCAAUGUUUCUUGUAUUGUUCUCUUUUCCCAGAAGAUUAUUUGAUUCGAAGAAAAAGGCUCUUCAGGUUGUGGAUAUCUGAAGGACUUGUUCAACAUGUCCAAGGGGUCACUCCGCAAGCAGCUACAGAAAACUAUCUUAUGGAACUCAUUGUUCGUAGCAUGCUACAAGUUGUAAGGAGGAAUGAAACUGGGAGGCCAAAGGCAUUUAAGAUGCAUGAUCUUAUGCGGGAGCUUGCUCUAUCAAUGUCAACAAGAGAAAAGUUUUUUGUUGUAUAUGAUGGGAGAGAAUCAGUAAUGGAAGAAAUUGGAGCCCGGCGUUUGUCAAUUCAAAGCACUGAAGGAACAGAAAUCAAAUCAUGGAUAGGUAUGUCAAAGCUUCGUACCCUUCUUGUGUUUGUCACUGGCAUAAUACCAUUAUCUUUCUCAAACGCAUUGCCUUCUGGAUUUAAAUUAUUAAGGGUUCUAGAUGUGGAGGAUAUGCCACUUGAUAAACUGCCAAAUGAUCUAGUGUACUUAUUCAACUUGAGAUAUUUGAAUUUGAAAGGAACUGCAAUUAGGGAGCUUCCAAAAUCCAUAGGGUAUCUCCAUAACCUUCACUUCUUGGACAUUAGGAAAACAAAGAUUGAGGCACUUCCAAAAGGAUUUUCUAAGUUGCUAAACUUGCGCCACCUAAUGAUGUAUUAUAAUAAUAAGGAUUAUAAUGAUUUCAAGAUUGUAAGUGGGACAAGAGCAACUUCAAAUAUCAGCAAGUUGAAGAAAUUGCAAGUUUUGUCUAGAGUUCAAUCCGAAGGGAAUAUCAUUAGACUACUCGGGAACAUGACCCAGCUUACAAGGAUUGGCAUAACCAACCUAACUGAGAGAGAUGAGAUGGACCUAUGUGACUCAAUCCAAAAGAUGAAACUCCUUACCAAUUUGAGCUUGAUGGUAAAGGAUGAAGAAGAAUUUCUUCGAGCUGAUAAUGCACUGUUUUCACCUCCUCCUCACCUUAGAAAGCUUUGUUUCAUUGGGAAACUGGAAAAAGUACCACAUUGGUUUUCUUCACUCGACAGCCUCACAUCCAUGCAUCUGCAUUGGCCUAGACUUGAGGAAGAUUUAUUAUCUCACAUCGAAGGACUGCCGUUUUUGGGAAGUCUUACACUUGUUAAUGCAUAUGUCGGGAGUGAGUUACGUUUCAGUAGAGGCUUUGUGAAGCUUUCAAAUUUGCAAUUAUUUAAAUUCCCCUCAUUGAGUAAGAUAACAGUGGAAAAGGGGGUGAUGCCAAAUCUCCAGUUCCUAACACUCAAUAGCUGCAUGGAAUUAAAGAGAUUGCCUCAUGGUCUUGAACACCUUACUAAUCUACAAACAUUGAGCUUGGAGUUUCUUUCGAGCCAACUUAUACAGUCCAUACGAGAAGGAGGUGUGGAUCGUCCAAAGGUACAACAUAUCCUAGAAAUCAACCAUUUUUUCGACUCUUCAGGUGGGAGGUCUUGCGAAAGCUUGUCUCCAAGGGCUCUUUACCGAGGAGAAUAAAGUCCGAGAAGUAGGGUGACUGCCAUGUUUGCGGUGAAUUCAGAUGCCCUAGCAUAAUGUCAAUUGCACUCUAAAUUCAGAUGCCCAACAAUUGUGUGAUUUGCCUAUAAUAAUGAGACUUACUAUAGGCCUUGCGC